CAGCACCGGGAAAGGGACGAGGGUCAGGCUGGUCCCAUCCCUCCUGGUUUUUGCCUGGGAAGGAGUAGGAGGGCACAGAGCUCCUGGCACUGGGGCCACCAUGGCUGAGCAGGACCUGGCCACAGGCUGCCCACGUGGGAAGAAGGAGCUGCCAGCCUUCACGUGGCAGGUGAGGGCCAACGACCGACGGUACCACGCACAGUCCAAGAAGAAAUUUGCCUUCUGCCUGAGCAGGAAGAAGUACAGGGGCAAUGCCAUCAAAACAGCCAAGUACAACCUGCUCACCUUCCUGCCCCUGAACCUCUACGAGCAGUUCCACAGGAUGGCCAACGUCUACUUCGUCUUCGUCAUCCUCCUGCAGACCUUCCCUGAGAUCUCCACGGUGCCCUGGUACACUCUGCUGUUCCCCCUGAGCUGCCUCCUCGUCAUCCGGGGCCUGCGGGACCUGAUCGAUGACAUCGGCCGUCACCAAAGCGACAGGAACAUCAACAGCAGACCCUGUGAAAUCCUGUGUGGGAAGAGGUUCCAGCGGCAGAGGUGGCGCGACAUCCGCGUCGGGGACAUUGUCCGGCUGCGCAAGGACAGCGUCGUCCCGGCUGACGUGCUCCUGCUGUGCAGCUCCGAGCCCAGCAGCCUGUGCUACGUGGAGACGGCGGACAUCGACGGGGAAACAAACCUGAAGUUCAGGCAAGCCCUUCUGGUCACCCACCAGGAGCUGGGGAGCGAGGAGAGCAUGGCUGCCUUUGAUGGGAGGGUGACCUGUGAGGAGCCCAACAGCCGCAUGCACAGCUUCACGGGCACCCUGGAGUGGAGGGGAGAGACCCAUUCCCUGGACAGCGAGAGGAUCCUGCUGAGGGGCUGCAGGAUCCGCAACACCGACGUCUGCCACGGGCUGGUGAUCUACGCGGGAUUUGAUUCCAAAAUCAUGAGGAACUGCGGGAAGAUCAAGCGGAAGAAAACCAAGCUGGACAGCAUGAUGGACCGGCUGGUGGUCAUGAUCUUCCUGCUGCUGUUGGUCACAUCCCUCGGCCUCGCCGUUGCCUCUGGGUUCUGGGCCAGGACGUUCCAGGAGAAGCACAGCUACCUGUCUGCUGUCUACAGGAACAGCAGCCCUGCCCAGCAGGCCUUCCUCACCUUCUGGGGCUUCACCAUCCUCCUCAGCGUCAUCAUCCCCAUGUCCAUGUACAUCACGCUGGAAUUCAUCUACCUGGUGAACAGCUUCUUUAUCAACUGGGACCUGGAGAUGUAUUAUGCUGUGAAGGACAUCCCAGCCAAGGCCAGGAGCACCAGCCUCAACGACCAGCUCGGCCAGAUCGAGUACAUCUUCUCAGACAAGACCGGCACCCUGACACAGAACAUCAUGACCUUCAAGAAGUGCUGCGUCAACGGCACCAUCUACGGUCCAGGCACAGGCCAUGAGAACAAACAGCCACCAGGGUCGGGGUCGGCCUGGGACCACCACGGGGAGCAGAAGGUGGACGUGAUGCUGUUGGAAGCCGCCCGGAGGGACAGUGACCCUGUGCUGAGGGAGUUCCUGAGGCUGCUGGCCCUGUGCCACACGGUCAUGGUGGAGGAGAGGGGCGGCCAGCUGGUUUACCAGGCAGCCUCCCCAGAUGAGGAAGCCCUGGUGUUGGCAGCCAGGAGCUUGGGGUACAUGUUUCUGGCCCGAACACAGGACACCAUCACCAUCAGUGAGCUGGGGAGGACGAGGACCUACCAAGUGCUGGCCAUGCUGGACUUCAACAGCGACCGCAAGAGGAUGUCUGUCCUGGUGCGAGACCCCCAGGGCAGCAUCCGGCUCUACACCAAGGGAGCCGACACCGUCAUCCUGGAGCGGCUGCGGAGACGGGGCCGCAGCGAGGCCUUCACCGAGAGGGCCCUGGAUCUCUUUGCAGAGGAGACCCUGAGGACGCUGUGCCUGGCCAGCAGGGAGGUGAGCAAGGCCGAGUACCAGGAGUGGGGCAGGAGGCACCACGAGGCCGCCGUGCUGCUGCAGGGCCGUGCCCAGGAGCUGGACAGGCUGUACGAGGAGAUGGAGCAGAACCUGCAGCUGCUCGGGGCCACGGCCAUCGAGGACAAGCUGCAGGAUGGAGUCCCUGAGACCAUCCAGCUGCUGAAACUGGGCAACAUCAAAGUGUGGGUGCUGACAGGAGACAAACGAGAGACUGCCAUGAACAUCGGCUACGCCUGCAAACUGCUGACGGACGACACGGAGAUCCUGGAGGAGAAGGAGAUCAGUGAGAUCCUCCAGGCUUACUGGGCGAGCAACAACAACCUCAGUGGCAGUGGGGAAGCCCCAGGCAGCAGCCCCCUGUCCCAGCAGUGCCCAGGGGCUUCGUGCCACAGGAGGAGAGCCAUCAUCAUCAGCGGGGACUUCCUGGACAAAAUCCUGCACACGGGAGAGGUGCUGAAGGAGAAGAAGGGGUGGCCGUGGCAGUGGCUGCCCCGUGGCAGGACCGUGGGGUGCCAGGAGCAGGGGAGCCUGGUGGAGAAGGCCUUUGUGGACUUGGCCACCAGCUGCCAGGCAGUGAUCUGCUGCAGGGUGACCCCCAAGCAGAAGGCCCUCAUCGUGCAGCUGGUGAAGAAGCACAAGAAGGCCGUCACCCUGGCCAUUGGGGACGGGGCCAACGACGUCAACAUGAUCAAAACUGCAGAUAUCGGGGUGGGGAUCAGCGGGCUGGAGGGGCUGCAGGCCGUGCAAUGCAGCGACUACGCCCUGGCCCAGUUCUGCCACCUGCAGCGCCUGCUGCUCGUGCACGGCCGCUGGGCCUACCUGCGCAUCUGCAAGUUCCUGCGCCUCUUCUUCUACAAGACCUUCGCUGGACUCAUGGCCCAGGUCUGGUUCGCCUUCCACAGCGGAUUCACGGCCCAGCCCCUGUUUGAGGGCUGGUUCCUUGCACUCUACAACAUUUUCUACACUUCCUACCCCGUGCUGUCCGUGGGCCUCCUGGAGCAGGACGUGAGUGCCAAGAAGAGCCUGGAGUUCCCGGAGCUCUACGUGACUGGGCAGCAGGACGAGCUCUUCAACUACCGCGUUUUCGGGGUCACCCUCCUGCACGGGGUCGGCACUUCACUCACCAGCUUCUACAUCGCCCUCUGGGCCUUCGAGGACCACGUUGGCAGCAAAGUUGUCGGGGACUACGAGUCCUUCUCCGUCACCGUGGCCGUGUCGGCGCUGCUCUCGGUCCUCGUGGAGAUCGUCCUGGACACCAGGUUCUGGACAGUGUUGUCCUUCCUGAUGGUCACAGCCAGCCUGCUGUUCUUCUGCCUCUUCUCCUUCCUGACCCAAAGUAUUGAUGCCUUCAGGAUAGCCCCUGCCAUCUUCUCCUUCCCAGAUGCCAGCUGGAAUGCCUUCACUGACCCCUACGUGCUGCUGGUGGUCCUGCUGUCCCUGGUGGUGAACACCCUCCCCUCACUCACCGUCCACGCGUUCCGUGCCACCGUGGGCAAAGCCACCACCCAGCAGAAGAUCCACUUGAAGGCCAAGAAGGAGCCAGAGCCCUCGGUGGAGCUGAAGGCCCACGUCCCUCGGGGCUCCUUCUGCCGCCGCUCCAGCUACGCCUUCUCCCACCAGGAGGGCUACGCUGGGCUCAUCACCAGGGGGGACAGCCUGAGGGCCAGGGCCAGCCCUGGGGACAGCUUGCAAGCCAAGGCCAGCCCUGGGGACAGCCUGAGGGCCAGGGCCAGCCCUGGGGACAGCCUGAGGGCCAGGGCCACCCGCAGCACCAUCCCAGAGGGGACCCCGGCCGUGUCACCCCCCCCCAGCCCCUCAGUGUAGCUGCCCUGGCUGGCACCGACCUCCCACCCUGCUGGGCCAGGGGAGGAGUGUCAAAGGCACACAGCUGGCUGGGUAUCUCCUCUUCUGGGCCACCUUUUAGUCUUAUUUGAUGGGUUUGCAGCCCCCGUGGCUGCAGAGGGGCUGGCCCAGCCUGGGGGGGCUGCUGUGGGGACUGAGCCCUGGGCUGUGUCCUGCAGUGGCUCCACCUCACAGAAUCACUCCAUCAGGGCUGGAAGGGACCUCUGAGGUCACCCCCACCCAGUGUGUGCAUGGGCUUGGCAGGAGGCUGCCAAGCUGUGAAAGCCACUGACUGCUGCCACCAGGCUGGUCCCCUCACCCUGUGACCCUCUGGCUGGCACCUCGGCCCCCUCCCCUCUGCUGAGCCCCCCAGAGCCAGGCCUUCCUCCUGGCUGAGGCUGAUCCUGCUCCUGGCUGGGGCCACAGACAGCAAGGGGGCUGCCCCGGAGUCAUUAUCCCACCUCUGAAUUAAUUAAAUGCCCUGGUGGGUGGUGGGUGAAGCCCCUCACCCUGCUCACCCCCAGCGUGGGCUGAGCUGCAGCGGCUGCACAAAGACCUUUGUCUCGUGUUCCCCACACGGGGCUGGUUUCUACCACGUGGCUUUCACGAGCAUCAGCCCCACAGACCACACAAUCACAGAAUGCCUGAGUGAUUGGGGUUGGAAGAUCUUAAAGCUCGUCUCUCUCCACCCCCUGCCAGGGGCAGGGACUCC